GGUCCCAACAAAGAAAUGUGUCAUUCUCCUGCCAGCACCUUCCUUCUCUUCUCUUCUAAAUGUGCAAUAUGUGAACAGCGAAUCAUUACCUCAGGACUAGUCUGAGGAUUCUAUAUCACAACAAGUAGAAGAAAAAAAAAAAAGAAAAAGAAAAAGAAAAAGAAGGAGAACAAUAAGGAUAAGAAGAUUUCUGUUGAAUGAUGCAGAACCUACCCUCUUCUGCUGCUUGUGUACGAUGAAAUUCUCUCUGGAUCAAUUCUUCUAAUUUUGCUUCAUCAUCAUCAAUAUCUGUCCUUUGUUCAUCUGGGAAUAAGAGCCAGAACAGGGUGCAUUUGAUGCGAAGAGGAGUAGCAGAAUCACAUAACAAAGGAAAAGGAAAAUAAAAGAAAACAAAAAAAGUGGUUCAAUUCGAUCGUUAAACUGAGGGUUAAGGAUUCUCCUUGCUCAAUAAGAAACUUGGUGCAUCCACCGGUUGGAUUAUCACUUUUCAGGCCAGCUAGGUGGUUGUGUCACAAAUAAAAUUCUUCAGCAAACUUUUUGAUGCCCUGGGAGAGGAAGAUGACUAACACUCCUAUUCAUGAACCUUCACUUAAAGUGUCCAGAUUCUCUUUACUACCAGAAAAACUUGGUGGUGUGGUUGUACUCUUAAUAAGGUUCGGCAUACUUGUGUGCCUUGUUGCAUCCAUAUCACUUGCUCUCCACUCAACGUUCUCAAAACCGGACCGGUGGUUCCCCUUACCGGAGCAUAUCCGCACCGUCCCAGAUGCAUCUGUCAUUGACAGUGUAUCAACAAACAUCUCACAUAUUCUAUUUGGCAUUGCUGGUUCAGCAAACACUUGGCACGACCGUAGCAGCUACAGCAUGCUAUGGUGGAAACCAGACACCACUAGAGGUUUUGUUUGGCUUGACAAGAGGCCAAAGAUUUUGCAUACUGACAUGUCAAUGCCAUAUCAGAUCUCUCAUGGCUGGGCUCGGUUCAAGUAUGUGCAUUCAGCAUCUGCGGUUCGGAUAGCUCGGAUUGUUUAUGAGAGCUUUAAGCUUGGUUUGCCAAAAGUUAGGUGGUUUGUGAUGGGAGAUGAUGAUACUGUGUUUUUCACUGAGAACUUAGUUACUGUGUUGGGAAAAUAUGAUCACAAUCAGAUGUAUUAUAUUGGUGCAAGUUCUGAGAGUGUGGAGCAAAAUGUGAUGCAUUCUUAUAACAUGGCAUUUGGUGGUGGUGGAUUUGCAAUCAGUUAUGCAUUAGCUGCUCAACUAGCCAAAAUAAUGGAUGGUUGUCUAAAUAGGUACUUCUUUUUUUAUGGUUCUGAUCAAAGGGUUUGGGCCUGUGUGCAUGAAAUUGGGGUGCCUCUUACCAGAGAAGGUGGAUUCCACCAGCUUGACAUAAGAGGGAAUCCAUAUGGUUUUCUAGCAGCACACCCCUUGGAACCACUUGUAUCACUCCAUCACCUUGACCAAUUGCACCCCUUGUUUCCCAACCAGACUCGUAUACAUUCAAUGAAAAAGCUCAUGAGUGCGUACAACAUUGACCCUGCCCGGAUUGUGCAGCAAAGUUUCUUCUAUGAUCACAAGCGUAGAUGGUCAAUAUCUAUUUCAUGGGGUUACACAAUACAAAUCUAUACAACAUUGUUGAUAGCAGCAGACUUGCAGAUGCCAUUGCAGACAUUUAAGACUUGGCGAAGUUGGAAGGAUGGUCCCUUCACAUUUAACACUAGACCUAUGAGCUCUGACCCAUGCCAGCAACCGGCUUUAUUUUUCCUAGACAAUGUUACAGAUGUGGGAAGUGGAAGUGUCACCACCUACAAGAGAUAUGAAGGCAAGGAAGCAAAGUGCAAGAGAGAAGACAUUAAUCUUGUGAAAGUGCAAAAAAUUAAUGUUUCUGCCUUGAAGCUGGAUCCAGAAUAUUGGAAGAAUGUACCGCGUAGGCAAUGCUGCAAGCUUAUGGAUGGUGGAAACAUAAAGGAUGGCAGUAUGCAUAUCAGGAUAAGGAAGUGCAGACUUCAAGAAACAAUUACUAUUUAGGGAUCAGCUAUUUUGUUUGGUUGGCAUAGUUAGUAGAUUAAUACAGCUCAAAUCUUAUAGUAUGGCCUCUAACGUUUCCAUCCAUGUACAUACAUAGUUAUCAAAAUAUUCAUAUAGUCUCAACUUUUAAAUAAAUAAAUGUCACAGGAAAUUUU